AUGGGGUCCGAGUCUGUGAAAGUAGUGGUCCGGUGCAGGCCCUUGAACGACAAAGAGAGAAUCUUAGGUUCCAAGAUGGUGCUAAGCAUGGACCUGCAGCUCUGUCAGUGUUUCAUCAAGAAGCCCAAGUCGGGCGACGAGCCGCCCAAGCAAUUCACCUUCGAUGGGACUUACUUCACUGAACAAACCACAGAGCAGAUGUACAACGAGAGUGCCUAUCCUUUGGUUGAGGGGGUCACAGAGGGAUACAACGGAACAAUAUUUGCCUACGGGCAAACAGGUAGCGGCAAGUCCUUCACUAUGCAGGGGGUGUCGGAGCCCCCGACCCAGAGGGGUGUCAUCCCACGAGCCUUUGAGCACAUCUUUGAGAGCAUUCAGUGUGCAGAAAAUACCAAGUUCCUGGUGAGGGUGUCCUACCUGGAGAUUUACAACGAGGAAAUACGAGACCUCUUGGGCAACAACACCAAGCAGAGAUUAGAGCUGAAAGAGCACCCAGAGCGCGGGGUGUAUGCUCGGGACCUGUCGAUGCACACAGUACACAGUGUAUCCGAGUGCGAGACGGUGAUAGAGCGUGGCUGGCGGAACCGCGCCGUGGCGUACACGUUGAUGAACAAGGACUCGUCUCGCUCGCACUCCAUCUUCAGCAUCCAUUUGGAAAUGUGCCACACGGACGCAGCAGGCCAGGAUCAUCUCCGAGCAGGGAAGCUCAACUUGGUGGAUCUGGCGGGAAGCGAGCGCCAGUCCAAAACAGGCGCCACGGGUGAACGUCUACGCGAGGCCACCAAGAUCAACCUUUCUCUUUCGGCCCUCGGCAACGUCAUCUCAGCUCUGGUGGACGGCCGUUCCAAAUACAUACCCUACCGGGACUCCAAGCUGACCCGGCUACUGCAGGACUCCUUGGGCGGCAACACUCGCACCCUGAUGGUGGCCUGCCUCUCGCCGGCCGACAGCAACUACGAGGAGACUCUGAGCACGCUGCGCUACGCCAACCGCGCCAAAAGCAUCCAAAAUCGGCCACGCAUCAACGAGGACCCCAAAGAUGCGCUUCUGCGAGAGUACCAGGAGGAGAUCAAGAAGCUGCGGGCCCUCAUUUCGGGCCAGCUGGCCUCUGCUGCUCCUCUUCAGUAUGUCACGCCCGAACACCAACAAGAGCUUUCCGGCUCCACUGACAGUGAGAAGGAGAAGAUUAAAAAGGACUACGAGGAGAGGCUGUCCAGGCUGCAGGCCGACUUCAGCGCUGAGCAGGAGUCAAAAGCCAAGCUGCAGGAGGACAUCGCAGCCUUGCGGUCAUCUUACCAGGCCAAAUUGUCUGGUUUGGAGAAGGUCAAAUCCAGCAGGGGGAGCUCCACACCAAAGAAUGUGAGCUCCAGCAGUUUGCCAAAAGAGGACGACGCCAACACCUCCCCGACCAGUAAAAAUGAGUUGAGCCACUCCACGACGUCACGUGAUGCUCCUGAAAUCCUAACAAGUCCAGACGAUGUCCCAGGAGAGUCGCGUGAAGUCAGCACAGAAGGCGAAAUAGAGCAGAAAGAAGCCCUGAAGAGGCUGCAGAAGUUGGAGCGGGAGGUGGUCGGCGGCGAACAAGCUUGCAACAAAGAAUUCAAGCAGAGACAACGGCAGAGGAGAAAUGUGGCCGAUCAGAGGAAAGCUCAGCUGGUCAAAGCUUUGUCGGACAACAGCGAUGAAAGCGAUAACGUGUUGUUCAGUGUCUACGACUCCAUUCAGGAGGAGGUCCAUGUCAAAGGCCAGAUGCUGCUUAAAGUUCAGGGGAAGCUAAAAGCAGCCAAACUGGAGAUCCGUGACCUGCAAACUGAGUUCGAGGAGGAGAGAAACGAUUAUCUGGCAACCAUCCGCCGCCUGGAGCGUGAGGGCCAGCUGCUGCAUGGCCUCUUGGAGCGCAUGGCACCGCUGGUUCGUCGUGACUGUAACUACAGCAGCCUGGAGCGCCUGAAAAAAGAGGCGGCGUGGGACGAUGAGAGCGCCACUUGGAGGAUUCCCGACGUGACGGUCCAGAGAACCACGCUACCCUCAGCUGUGACUUCGAAGCACUCCCCGCCCAGAGGCCCGAUUGCCGAUUCCGAAGAUUCCCAAAAACGUGUUCCUUAUCAGGUCGAGGAAGACAGAUACAAGGAGCUGUUGGACCGCAGCGACAGUGAGAACAUCGCAAACGCUUACUUCAAAUCCAAGCGGGCCAGCCAGCUACUUGGGGGUGAAACAGCUACGGGACAUGCCACCUAUUCACCAACCAUCUUAAACGGUUCGCCCCAUCUCAGCGGAAGCGUGAGUUUGGACGCCGUCCUGCCACGCCCCUUCCGCUUAGAAUCUUUGAACGUCCCGGUGUCCGGUGGGAAGGCAAAGAGGAAAAAAAACAAAUCUCAUCUAUAA